CGCCCAAGAGCCAGUGCCGAGCUGUCCUCUGCUCGGGAAGGUUUACCAACACAACCCUCCGCUAGCUGGUGGUCGGCUGGCGCGCUGCUGCCCCUCGCUCGCUUACCGCUGCUGCUGGAUUAUCUCAGCAACCCGUGGAUGAACGCAAAACAUCCUCACCCCCCGUACGGGUCCCUGUGCCGCCGGACGAGUGAGAUAUUAACUGAAUCUCAACAGUUUUCAAGGAGAACCGAGACCGUUUCUUGUUCGUGCUCUUCUCUGGAACUUUUAAGAGACCGUGGUGUGAAUACAGUGUGCUUGCGGCCACUCCAAGUGUCGAAUUGAAUAUAAGAGGAGAGGGACUCUAUACCUCCCUCCCCCUCCAGGCCCCACCUCCUCUUCCUCUCCCUCCUCCACCUCCUCCUCCUCCACCUCCUCCUCCUCCUUGUUGUCUUCCACUUGCUCCUUCUUCGUCUGAACCUUCUUGAGAAACUUUUAUGAGCUUUUUUCUCCUCUCACCCUUGCGAGAAACUUUAAUCGUAAAAUGGAAACCGAGCGACUCCGGCUGUGACAAUUAGCCGCUAGGAGACGAGGCAGGGAGGAGAGAGGGCCGGAAAAGGGGCGUUGGGGGGAAGGAAAGUUAAAGUUGGUUCAGUGUUCGAUGGUCUGUCCGGCGAAGGCGUAAUACACGAUGCCUAAGGCGCUCAAGCUCCUCGUCCUCCUCGGCCUCCUCCUUGCCCUUCCUUCAGACACUACUGCGAGGCGUCAUGACGUGUCUCGGGAUUACAUCAAGCGUCCCAGGGCUGCCAACCUUGCCGAGAUCACACCUGAGCAGCAGAACAACACGGAGGUGGUGGCACAGGUUGGCGGCUCUGCGUCCAUCAAGUGCUACACACACUUCAUUGGAGACGAGACGGUAACGUGGCUGAAGAAAGACGAGGACCAGCUCUUGACGGCGGGCUCGGUCAUCUACUCUUCGGAAAAGCGCUACGCCGUCUCCCACGUGCGGCAUCAACAGCUGUGGGAACUCUCCGUGAUGGAUGUGAGGCUGUCUGACGCAGGGACGUACGAGUGUCAGAUGACGACCCACCCGCCGACCUCCCUUUUCUUCAUCCUCAAGGUCGUGGAGGCGCGGGCGGUGCUGCAGGGCGCCCCGGAGGUUCACGUGCAGACAGGGGAGAGUCUUCGUCUGCACUGCAACGUUCAGCGCGCCACCGACCCGCCCCAGUUCAUCUUCUGGUACCACAACGGCAGCAUGAUCAACUACUCUCCGCCGCGCCCCCUGGAGGUGGUCAGACAUCACUACACCAGUGACCUAUACAUCUCCGACGUGAGGUGGGAGGACGCGGGGGCCUACAGCUGCGAGCCCGAGAAGGCACAUCCCGCCAACCUCACCCUGCACGUCGUGGCUGGAGAGAAGCACGCCGCGCUGCACAACGGCCAAGGCGAGGGCGGGGAAAGCAGUAACACCUCUGCCCAGGCCGGCCGCCCCCUCACACCGCUACUGCUCGCCUCCUCCUGCCUGCUGCUCCUCCUCACCACCGCUUACUUUGACAACAUCUACGGCUGGGUGUCGGCGCAGGGCGGGAGCCUCCAGCAGCCAGACGACCUUCACGCCGGGGAUGUCGAUGAACCACAAACCCUUCAGCAGCAUGGACAGGAAGAGGAAAAGGAAGAUGUACCGGGACACCAGACACGCUCGGGGCACCACUGCCGCCAGGUGCAGGAGCAGCAGCGCGACAUUUAUGGAGAAAGACGGAUACACAGCAUUUGCAGCAGCCACAUGGAGGGUUCGAGGACUAAGAGAAAGAGGUCACUUUAGAUGCAGCGACAACCACCACCACCACCACCUCCACAGCCACUACUCUUCCUCACUCAGUCACUCACGCACUCACUCGGCCUGCGCCCCGCCCCUCCCUCAACACCCACGGACUGUAUCACCACCCCCAGGGCGGCCUCGGGCAGCGCCAGGUAAGCAUCGUCAGGGUUCCAGUACGCGACGCGAUUUAAUUUUGCAAUACAAUUUUUGAAACUCGCUUCCCAGGUGCCGCCCGCUCGGGCGACGUAAUAAUUUUGUUGUUAAAUAUAUAUAUGUUGAGAUGUUGCCCGGGGGUGUGACUGGCGAGGGCGGUGUGAUGGACAGCCGCCCAGCCUCCCCGCCAUCCGUGGGGGGCGCCGGGCCGACCCUCGCCUCCGCCGCCGCGCCAGGCCGCCGCCUCGCCGCGCGGGCCACUCGUGUCCAGAUGCGGCCAGGCAGUGGCCACUGGCCACUUUGUGUUUUACACUCGAGAUUUUAUUGUACAAAUUCAUUGUAAAGAGAGUUAUGCCUUCAUUAGACUGAAAUUAUCUAUAUUUGUUUCUGCAACUGAAUGUAUAGGUGUGUAUGGGUAUAAAUCUGCACACGGGUAUGUACUUGCACACGUAUACGUUCAGGUCUGUUACACAUACGUCUGCAGGUGCGUACGUGUGUGCGGGUGUACGAAGGAUAUCGAUGUACAUAGUGGCGCGGCGGGCGAGCUGCGCCACGCCUCCGGGGAAGCAAUGGGUCACUGGAUGUUGGGUGAACGUUAUGUUAACAAGACCAUUCCUUGUAACCUCAAACACGCUGUUGUCAGAUGUCUGUCGACGUGUUUCCUCGCUGACAUGACUGGGCGCGGAGUCAAGUUGUGGAUAUUUUUUUAUACAAUACGCGAGGCGGCGGGCGGGGAGGGAGGCGACGAGUGGACGGUGGCGCAGGAGGGCGGCGUGACCCUUAAUGGCGCCUCGCUGCUCCUCGCCUCCAGACGUCGGUAAGGGCACCGGCGGGACCCACGGCAGUGACAGAGGGACAGGUGACGCCAUUACUAGCAAGGAACAGGACUCACUGGCAGGAGGCCGCGGCUGACGUGCCAGAGGUCGAUUACCGACCCCAAGGCCUCGGGUCCGCGUGGCCCGUGGCCCUCGCCGAGCCUCAUCUUGGAGUGUUUGUGGGCGACGCGUCCUCUGUUGUUUUUCGCUGCCUUAAGCCGCUCGCCCACGCCUUGAGUUAACGAGGAAACUGUGUUGAAACGUGUGACGAGGAGGCGAGUGUUUCACCUCUCGUGACAUAGGAGCCGAGUGAUCAGAGUCUGCGCUCCUGACUCAGCCCCGAGGAGUUGCCCACGCCACGAGCCGCCCCGCCCGCACCUCACCUCGCCUCGCCUCGCCUCCUCUCCCUUGGAUCUGUUGGAUGUAAAUAGUUUCUGUUUGGAUGAAGACAAAUAUAUAAACAUAUGAUAUAGCUUUUUCUCGGUAGAAGUCUCACCCAAGUCUUGAAUGUUUGCAUCCGUGCCAAAAGUUUACAUGUGCUGUUUGUGAAUAAAACGCCUCGUGCAAUCUUCUUGUUUUUCUU